CUCAAAAAGUGUGGGUUGAUGUGUCUCAUUUGGAUUUCUACGUAGAAAGAAAGUUGCCCAGGUGCCCUCUGUCUAAAGCAACGAUGAUGCCUCGACUCCAUUCUUGCCCACCCUUCUGGCUUCUUGUAUUCAUGUGCUUCUCUCAUUCUCUGGAGACAGCCAACAGUUUACAGCAAAGUUUCAAGAGUGACCUCCUCAACUUCUAUCACACGGUUAUUCUUGCUGAUGGUAAGGAGACCACAAUCCACCUCUUGAAGGAUAUACCUAAGAGGUACUAUUUUGUUUUGGAGGAAGGCAGAAUGUCUGCACCUUUCACAGUGACAGUGACCCCAUGUGACGUCCCCAUUGAGUGGAGCAUACGGGUCCAUAAAACGUCGCCAAACUACCUUGGAAAAGCAGCACGUGGUGGUUAUGACAGUCAGGAUGCCCUAAAGUUUCAGAAGACCACAAAAAUGGAAUCUACUCUUUUUAGCUACAAAGGCAAUUCUGUGGAGACCUACAUGGGGAUGUCCUACUUUUCCACAGUCUAUAUGCUUGAAUUCUUAUCAACUGAACGAGACACCCAUAUUACAGUGUAUCUAACGACAGAUACAACUUCUGAACACCUAUAUCCAGAACUCCCAUCAGAUCCACGCAUAGAUGUCAUUGGCGUUGAUCACACCACAGUUACUCUAGCUUGGAAACCCAGUCCCACCGUUCUGCAGUAUCAAGAACACAUCCAGUACUGUCUCCUAAUGAAUGAAAAACACAACUACAAGAGUUUAUGUGCAGCAGAGACAGCUAUUAGAUCUUCUGGUAUGAAAUCACCACCAGCAUUAGCACUGCCUCUAUCUCCGAAUGCCCUGAACCCUCAACAAGUGAUGAUAUUGUCCAACGGUGAAUUAAGCAUCAUCAGCAAAGCAGGAAGUGGGGAGGUGAGGCAGAUAUGUAUGGGAACCAAGAACACCUACACGGUGCCCAACCUGACUCCCAGCACCCAGUAUUAUUUCGAUGUUUUUGUGGUCAAUUUCCUCACCAAUGCCAGCGCUGCCUAUACUGGAACCUUUGCCAGAACACUUGAAGAACCUGAGCCCAAAAUUACUGAACUGAAAGAUGGGAAGGUGAUUCAUCUCGUCCUGGAUGGCAGAAAACAAAAAUUCUACAGCUUGCAGUACCGGGCCAGGCACAAGGAGGUCCAGUUUGCCUUUCAGUCUUGCAGUGGCCAAGUUCAAGUUGAAAUAUCCAGGGAUGGGAAGUUGCUGAUGUCAGAGAGCUUUGCUGGAUUGAGACAUUUCACGCUGAAAGGAAAGCUGUGGGAUGUAUACUUAGUGAACCUGGGGUCCACUGAACCUUCAAAUGCAUCUCUGAAAGUUCAGGUUUCCUCUCUCUUCCACAAGCCUUUCUUCCCGGUUCUCCCAGAAAGCUUAAAAAUAAAGUCCUUUAGCAAACUGCGGACCUGUGACUCUGUCACUAUCGCCUGGCUGGGAACACAGCAAAUGAGCAAAUAUUGUGUAUACAGGAAGCAGAUUGAAGAGGACCAGGUUUGGAUGGAAACAAGGAAUGCAGACAGGUGCUUGGGACCAGAAUCCCGGCACAAAAGUGACAAAGUAAUGUGCAAAUACUUCCACGAUCUCAAUCUACGGCGGGCAGUGACUUCAGAAACCAUCAGGGGGCUUGAAGCGGGAACUGUAUACUUAUUCGAUGUUUAUCUCAUUGGCUCCUCUGGGAUUCCAGUCAGGUAUUACAGUAGAGUUGUAAAGACACGGAAGAAAUGUUGAGCAUCCUUCCAAAAAGGAAUGGCAAAGCUGAAGGAAUGU